AUGGAUGUCAUCUUCCUUCUCUCAUCCUUCCUGUUAUUUUCAAUUACUUACUUCUUCUUACGAUUCAUUUGGGAGAAAAUACAAAUCAGAAACUUGACCAGAAAGCCAGUUUUCAUUACUGGAUGUGAUUCAGGAUUUGGAUAUCACUUGGCCAUCAAAUGUUUAUCCCGGGGGAUGCCAGUUUUUGCCGGAUGUUUCUCUCAACAGGGAGUUGAUAAACUCAUCAAUGACUCGAAGAACUAUAAUGGAAGUCUGAAUGUGUUCCUGCUGGAUGUGACAAACGAUGUGAGCGUAAACAAUGUCCGAAACUAUCUGGAAUCUGCCACAGCUGAAUAUGGAGGACUACACGCUGUUGUAAACAACGCCGGCAUAGUAGGAAAUUCAUUUUUUUCUGAUUUUCUAACUAUAAAAGAUUACAAAGAGGUCUGUGAAGUUAACCUAUUCGGAGUCAUAAGAGUUACUGAGGCUUUCAAAUCACUUGUGAAACGCACCAAAGGACGUAUUGUGACAGUGUCCAGCAUUUGCUCUCGCGUUGGGAUUAUGGGAAUUGGACCAUAUACGGUUUCUAAGUUUGGAGUUUCUGGCUAUUGCGACGUGAUUCGGCAAGAGCUCAGGAUGUGGGGAGUCUCUGUACAUGUUCUCGAGCCCGGCUUCUUCCGAACGCCCCUGAUUGACAAAACAAACAUUGAGAGACAACUGGAUCAAGUUUGGCUUAAAUGUCCUCAGCAAGUGCAAGAAGAGUAUGGAGAACAAUUUUUCCGAGAAGGGCGUGAAAAAACAAACGAUCUUCUUCAAGGGAUUUCAUCCCCACACAUCGAAUGGGUAGUCGACGCAUACUUCCAUGCUAUCACUGCGUACUUCCCCCGUUUACGGUACCAGAUUGGUUGGGAUGCGAAUUUCUUAUUUAUUCCACUGUCUUUCAUACCGUCCCGCAUUCAAGAUGUUAUCUUCAGUUUUACGGAAAAAGCAAUAAGGUUGCCGCAACCGAAAAUGCUACAGAAAAUUUAA